AUGAAGUCCGAUACUGCAACAAGGGACUUCUUCGUGAAAGGCAUGCUAGUGUUCAUGCUGUUGGCUCUGGUGUUCCCAACCAUGGCUUCGUCUACACAGUUCUCAGCAGUGGACUCAUGCGGGCCAGAGGUUGCAGCUCUCAAGCACAGCAUAAGGAAACUGGAAAACAAACUCUUCAUCGUGGCUUGGCAAGUUGAGCACUUGCAGACACACAAAUACUUCCGUCCAUUACAAUCUACGGAGUCUGAUACGGACCUUGCUCCAGAAACAGAUGCUGAUGUAAAAAACAACAGCAGUGGGACAUUAGACAGCUCUAAUGGGACACUGAUGAACCCACUCCCAUCUGCAGGCAAUUUAAUUGUCUAUGACAAAGACUGCUCUGAGCUGUUUGACAGGCUGAAGGCACCCAGUGGUUUCUACCGUAUCAGACCCAAGUCACACCAGGAGCCAUUUUUGACCUAUUGUGAUAUGGAGGACGGAGGAGGAUGGACAGUAUUUCAGAGACGCAGGCAUGGAAAAGUUGACUUCAACAGAGACUGGGUGGACUACAGAGACGGUUUUGGUGACUUCAAACUGUGGAAUGAUGAGUUUUGGCUGGGAAAUGAGCACAUUUAUUCUCUGCUCUCAGAAGGAAAGAACCUGGUGAAGAUAGACCUAAUGGACUGGGAUGGACACAGAAGUUAUGCAUUUUAUGAAAACUUCAGGAUCACAGAUGAAGCUGAUAAGUAUCGUCUUCACUAUGAGCUCUACAGUGGGCAAGCUGGAGAUGCUCUGGCAGGUGGUGGAGGGAUGGUGGAGCAGUGGUCUGCCAGCCUCAGUGGCAUGCAGUUCAGCACCAGGGAUCAGGACAAUGACCGCUACCUUCAGGGCAGCUGUGCCCAGGAGAAUCAGGCAGGUUGGUGGUUCAACAGGUGUCAUGCAGCUAACCUAAAUGGAAAGUUCUACUACAGAGGGAACUACAAGGGCCAAUAUGACAAUGGUGUGGUGUGGGGGACCUGGAAGGGCCUCUGGUAUUCCCUUCGACACACCACCAUGAAGGUGCGGCCUCUGGUUUUCUUGGACACCAUGGGCAGUGGAGCAGGGGAAAUUUAAAAAUACUUUAGACACUUCAGAUUCCUGAAUGAACAUUAAGAAUAAGUGCAACUUAGACUG